CCGAUUCUGCUCUUCUUCUUCCCGCUGCAGCCACCCAAAGAGAAAAAAAAAAAGGGGAACCAGCCAUGCUUUGAGAAACCGGUAAAGCUUGAUGAUUUUCCCUUCUUUUCUUAUCCAAGAACCUGCUUUGGAACCCAGAAAUCUUCCCCUCCCUGCCGGAGAAUCUGGAUCUGCUCUGCUCUUCCUCUUCACCGCCGGCUGCUCCUGCUUUGUGGGGGCAAAUUGCUUUGAUUUUUCGCCCAUGAGCUUUCUUCUUCCUUUCCUGCCGGCUUCUUCCCCCUGCAGCUCCGGUUUCUACAGCUGGAGAAUUAUGGUUCUCGAUCGUUCUGUCAGUUAGCAUUGAGAUUGAGUGCUCGGUUUUAUGCGAGUGAGUGAUUGGUGAAUUAUGUUUUUCUAUUAACUUCAGCCUGUUUUGUCUCCGAUGUGGUCAUGUUUCUGUAAUCCUGCUAGUGGGAGUUAAACGCUAGCACAUGUCGGCACAUGUCGAUAUGUUUCUGUAAUCCUGCUAGUGGGAGUUAAACGCUAGCACAUGUCGGCACAUGUCGAUAUGUUAUUGUAACCCUGCUAGUGGGGGUUAAACGCUAGCACAUGUCGGC